CGACAGGUACCUACCAGACAGAAGCAGUUCAUUAGACGGCACUCUGCAGGGACCAGGCCGAGGUACAAAGCGAUACUCCCAAGAUUCCCCUCCAUACAGCGCUCCUCUCUCCCCCAAGUUACCAAAGAAUGACCGUCACCCUUUGGAAGGUGAAACCUUUGUUCUGGGAGACGGCCUCCCAGGUCCCCUGGAACCUCGCCUGGACCCAAUGGACUCUGCCUUGAACUCUGUCAACUCAUCCAGCCCCAGCAGGAACUGCAGAGACUAUCGCUUGCAGGGAUACAGGCAUCUGCACCAGCCCUCUAGCCUCACUCAGGGCAAUGCUUCUGCCUUGCGUAGGCUUAGCUCUGGGGGGUCUGAUAGAUACCUAGGACUUAGAGACACCUCCCGGCUGAACAGCCGAGACCCCACUUCCUGGACAGUGGAGGACGUGAUGCAUUUCGUACGAGAAGCUGACCCACAGCUGGGACCCCACGCUGAUCUCUUUCGAAAACACGAGAUUGACGGCAAAGCCAUGCUCCUGCUGCGGAGCGACAUGAUGAUGAAGUACAUGGGGCUGAAGCUGGGUCCGGCGCUGAAGCUCACCUACCACAUCGACAAACUUAAGCAAGGCAAGUUCUGAGAGGACUGUUUGCGGGACAGCCCAUGAGAAUGCCGGGCUCCUGGCCACAGCCAGUCGCGCCCCCCUGCAGACUGGUACGCAUGCAUACACCGCCGGCAGACACGGCCCAGAAACGCCUGCAGAUCACUACAUGGAUCCACCAACCCCCCCCCUCCACUGUCAGGAGCACAGUGGGCACGUGAAGGGAGACAGACAAUUUGUUGGCUCCCCAGGGACCAAACAGAGCUUGACUCAUGGACUUCCUGACGCAAACAGACGAACCCUUUCCGUGCUCCUGCGCUGACGCUCGACUGCAGAGCCCAGUCCCUCUGCACCCAAGGGGACGAAGACACGCUGUGUUUCGCAGAGUUCUUCAGCGCCCUGGGCUUCUGUGGUGCUGGAUCCUUUCUCCUUUGUUCCCCUGCAGGAGUGCGACUCUCUCAUGUCUUUCCUCUGCCCCGGUUCCCUUGUCUCUCCUGGCUGUCUGGUCCGGCCUAGCCUUGUUUCCUCGCUCUAUAUCAGAUGGACAGCUCUGCUGCAGAUGCUACGCUGCUGGCAUUUUCCAUGCCGCCAUGCCAGGCUGGGCAGGAC